UCUUUCUUUGAUAUAUAGUUUGAUGUUUAGAUAAAUGGACAUACAAUUGCAGUGAGAAUUGGUGAAGAAGAUUUCAAUUAACACGUACGUAUUCUACGUUUUCAACAUGGAUGUUGAAAAUCCUCCACCUUCUCCUCCUUCUCCACCUUCUCCUCCUGCUCCUUCUCGCCUUCCUCCACGUCCUCUUCCUCUGUUUCAUUAUCGUCAACAACUUCAUCUUCAAAAAGCAAAAUGCAAAGACCUGUAUCACGCUGCCAUAAAUGGGGACUGGAAAACUGCAGAAGAUAUUCUACGUGAGACACCAAAUUACGUUCGUUAUAGCAUUACAACAAGAAAGGACACGGUUCUUCACGUUGCAGCCUUGGGAGGAAACAAAUUAUUUGUAAGGAAGGUAGUGGAGAUGCUAAAGUCAAGUGAAGAUUUGGAAGAGAAAAAUGACUAUGGAUGUACUGCAUUCUAUAAUGCGGUUGUAUCUGGAGUUGUGGAAAACGCUAAGUGUAUGAUAGAAAAGAAUCAAAGGCUGCUAAGAAUCCGGUCGUACAGUGAGAUCACCCCUAUCCAUCAGGCGGCUUUGCAACGACAUAAGGAUAUGGUUUCUUACCUCUACACUGUCAAACCUUUGGAGGAGUACUUGGAGCGCCAGGAACGCAUUAAGCUUCUCAAAAUUACUAUUUAUAACCACAUGCAUGAUGUGGCAUUAAAGAUCUUAAAGGAGGACAGAACAUUAGCCUUAACUAAAUUCAAAGGAAAUCGAUCCUUCUUGCAUAUGUUAGUUCACAAACAACGUAUAGCACCUACCGGUGGUGACAAACAAGAAGCAGGAAUUUGGCAAAGAUUUUUUGGCUCAACGUCUGCACUCUUCUCUACGCGUUUCUUGCACAAUGGAAUUGAAGAAGAACGUUUAGCAAAGACAGAAGCGGGAGAGUUACUUGGCAUUAUUUGGGAAGAGUAUCGUAACCUAGCUGAUUAUGAGUUUAGAGAAGUAAUUACGCAUGAAUAUGAGAUACUUCACUACGCUGCAAAAGAGGGGAAUGUUGGGUUUCUUGACAUGAUUCUUGAGAGUAAGCCUGAUCUGUUUUGUGAGCGCAAUAAAAGCGGGCAGACUAUCCUCCAUGUUGCUGUGUUAUACCGACAACAGAAUGUUGUGAGUUAUAUAUGCAAUAAAACAGGCUAUAAAGAUAUCAUGACUCUCCUUCUUGACGAUAACAACAACAACAUUUUGCAUUUAGCCGCAAUGGCUGGAAACACAUUAUUGUGCAAAUCUCAGGAUAAUGCAGCUGAUGACUACCUAUGGAUUGAUGAGGAAAAGGAGCCAUGCGCAGUGCCACAAAACAAGAAACAGGAUGAUCAUCGGGAGGAGAAGAUUAUGCCAGAAUCAGUUCUUUGGUUAUCCACAGCAGCCCUUCAAUAUGAAAGACAGAUUUCAUGGUUUAUGAGUGUGGAGAAGAUUGUGCCGUCAUCAUAUCAUGACAUGAGAAAUGGGGAGGGCAAAACCCCAAAGCAAUUGUUUUUGAAAGAGCACAUGGAAUUAAAGAUAAAUGCAGAAAAAUCCAUUAGAGGCACAGCAGAUUCAUGCAUGAUUGUGGCAACCUUAAUCGCCACCGUGGCGUUUUCUGCCGCCUUCACCGCACCAGGUGGUAAUGAUGACAAAACAGGUAUUCCCAUAUUUAUAAAACGAGCAAGCUUUACAGUUUUCACAAUAUCGGAUGCUGUGGCAAUGAUCUUCUCAAUGGUCUCAAUUCUCACAUUCUUAUCCAUCCUCAUUUGGCGCAAUACGGAUGACGAUUUUCAUUUGGCAUUGAAAAGAUUGUUCGUAGGAUUCGCAGCAUUGGGUGUCUCCAUAUGUGGGAUGCUCUUCGCUUUUACCGCUGUCUUCUUUCUGGCGUAUGGAAGGGCAUGGCAACCAAUUCUUAUUGCCGCAUUUGUGGCUCUGCCAAUUGCUUCCUUUUUGUACCUAAAUGAUAGGUUGUGGAUUGAUGUUGUUGGGUCAAUGUUGCUUAAGUUGCUUCCCUUCACCAAGCAGACAACUUAUGUUGGAGGAUAAUGAAGCAGACCUAACUGAGAAAGGUGGUGAAGAACAAGGCUUGUUAUUGUAGUUUCUUCCUAUUAGUUUGUUGUAAUCGUUUGUUUUGUCUCCUUUAUAUAUCUGUUGUAUCUCUUUCCUCUCUGGAUUUAGAA